AUUGGCUCUAUUGGCCGAACCUAUUAAUUAUAGUCUCUAUUACUUGACUCUUGGAUUACAUUUCAUGUUGUGUUCAGCUGUGAGACGAGUUUUGCACAAAGUUUUUGUUGCGAAUCCAAUACUACUUUCACUUUUUUCGGUUUAGACAAAAGUUUGCGAAUUGAGUGGUGAAUGGGAACCAGGAAUCGCUAGAAAUGUGUUAAUAAAUGAUCAAAAGUGUGAAUGAAUCCAAUGAAUCCAAUGUAGUGUUAUCAGUGAACUGUCUCGAGUCACCACCACUGAUGCCACUGAUGAACAUCUGGUCAAUAAUAAGAUGACAAACGGGACGAUAAGUGAAGUAAACACUUCAUACACUAUACGAACAAAUAUCACAUCAUUUGUCACCAACACAUCCAUGAGCACCGACUCGAGCACUGCCAACAUCACCACAACCACCACUAUGUCAUACAUAUCACUGUCGAGCACCACCACCACCGCAGAGUCGGUGCCAAAUAUCACGUCAAUGGACGCCACCAUUGAGACAAUAACGCCGGUCGACAUGUGCUACUCGACCCCCGAUGACUAUGAACUCAUUCCUUCAGUCAUAUGCUCGACACUAAUCGUGUUCGGUAUCAUUUACCUCAUAUACGGCUACCGGUGCUUCAAAGCGAUCAUGUUUCUGACGGGCUUUGCAUUCGGCACAACCAUUAUAUACAUGAUCUGUACGGCAGAGAAUCUGCUGCCAAUGUAUGGCAACAUAAGUGUGUCACUCGUGGCCGGCCUACUGUUUGGUCUCAUAACAGUGCUAGUCGUAUACGUCGGCCUAUUUAUGCUGGGCUUUCACUUGGGACUCAUCUUCACGUGCGCCACACUUGUCGUCAUAUAUAUCCUCUCGCCGUACGUCCACUCAAUAGAGCCGCCGAACUCUGUCUGGAUUUUGUUCGCUAUAUUCAUGUCGUUGGGUCUGACCGGCGCCUGUUCUACCCUAUACUUCCAGAAAGGCUGCACAAUAAUGGCUACAGUUCUCUAUGGAAGCUCUUUGACACUCAUUUGUUUGGACUAUUUUAUCGAGAAUUUUAAACUCGUUUAUUGGUUUCGCGACAAAUUAAGAGAUGGCCAGUCGUUGUACGACUCGAUCGGAAUGACCAGAAACACCAAUCUAUGUCUGAUCUCAUGGGUGCUGUUGGGUGUGUGGCCGUUGAGUGUAGUGAUAGGGCUGUUGGUUCAGUGGUGUGUCACAUCCAAAGGAGUGAAUUACGAGAACGAUUAUAAUUACGGUGUCGUCACCUCGACUACCGGAGUCACCGCCGGACAGACAGCCGCUAAUCGGUUGAGACGUGAGGAACAGAAACUGGAACAAAGACAACGAAAGUAUAGGUACUUAUAUCAGGUGCGCACCGCUCACGGAGAUGUCAUAUCCCAGUUUGACCUACAAUUCAGACCUUUCCACUCAUCUAACGAUAAUCCCAUCGGACUCGAGGACUACGACUAUGAGCCGGUCGACAGACACCCACGAGUAGACAUUCCUCAAGAGCUGAACAGAUCCGGCGGUGCUAUCGGUGCUGAGCGUGGAGUCAACUCUUCCGACAAAGCCUUCAGACAAUUCCGGGUCCUAUUGUGGACCAAAUACUUCGGUGCUGACGAUUGGUCUCAUCUGGACCUCAAGACAUUGAACUGUAAUUUUAGUAAUUGUCUGCUCACUGAAGACAAAUCACAACUGGAUUCAGUGGACGCCGUGUUCUUCCACUGGCGAGACACCAGUCCCUGGGAUUUGCCACAGAAGCACAUCCCCGGCCAGAAGUGGAUCAUUUAUAACUGGGAACCACCGGUCAAUACACUGGAAUUCAAGGGCAGAUCCAUUGCUGACCAAAUAGAUUGGGUUAUGAGUUAUCGCACGGAUUCAGACAUAUAUGUGCCGUACGGGUCAGUCAUCCCUUGUGAUAAUAAGUGGCAAAAUGAGGAUCUGUUUGAUGGUAAGACUCGGAGUGUAGCGUGGAUUGUGUCCAACUGUCACUCGGAUGGCAACAGAGAGGAAUAUGUAAGGGAACUGGCUAAAUACAUCGAUGUCGAUAUCUAUGGAAGGUGUGGUCACUACGAAUGUCCAAGAGAUGACUCGUGUCUUAAGAUGAUUACCAAAAAAUACAAGUUUUAUCUCUCAUUUGAAAAUUCUCUCUGCAAAGACUAUGUGACGGAGAAGUUGUUUCGUAUCGCAGAAUACGAUAUCAUUCCG